UUGCUUUAUUUUUUUGCAGAAUAAUUUACUAUGGAAAAUUUUGAACCCUCAUUUUGUGGAAAAGGCAUGUAGUCAUCCUUGAUCUGCACUGGAAGGACAAACAGGAAGAUUUCAGACUUCCUCAAGGUCUGCAGAAAGAUGGUGGAAGAGAUCAGAAAGGAGCUGGAAAAUUUAAGAUUCAACUAUGAAGUGACAGCAGAGAGGAAAACCCAUGACCGACAAUCUGACGCCAUCAGAACACCAGCAGAAAUCCAGGAGAUCAUCAACAAUGAUCUCAGCAAGUCAAUGCAUGCUAUUGCACUGGGAGGUGUGAAUAAAAAGCUCAUCAGGCUGGUUGUGCAUGAGGAUAUUUGCUACUUUUCAUACAAGAUGAGGAAAGAACAAUUUCUGUCCAAGGCAAUGCAGGAAAAGCCACUCAAGUACACUAAGGAGCUGAUCAACACCCACUGGAGCCAGACAUGCUGUGGUUCUUCUCUGAUGAUAAGAAUUUCUGUCAAGAUCAGAAGAUCAACUUCCAGAACAACAGUUUCAGCUUUGCUACACUUUCACAAAACCUCCUCUGAUGUGUGGCAUUUGGUGAAUGAAGGAGUUUGAUGUUGCUGCCCUCAACAUUUCUUGACAUGAGGUAGGUUCAUCCAGAAGUCUUGGCAGGUGGUGAUCCAGUUUCGUUUUGAAGAUACCUACAUUCAUCAUGUGUGUGUGUGUGUGUGUGUGUGUAUCUCUAAUAUAUAAAACAGAGAUGUCUGUGUAUUCGCUUUUCACGUAAAAUCGACUUCACCAAAUGCUUCCAUACUUGUGAUGCAUGAAUAAUUUGACCUCGGAUAAAUGUUAGGCUCUUUAUUUGAUUUUUAAAAUUAAAAAUAAAUAAUAUUGCUUUAUAUUUAUGAUUCACUUCUUUAAAAAGGUUCCUCAAUGCCAACUUCCGGUAUUGACGUAAC